UUUUAUCAAAUCUUUUUUAAUGUGGUUUGCACCUUUCAGGUAGGAUUCAUUCAAUUUUAUUUAUAGAAUAUGAUAAAAUUGUUUAUCUUAUGGCUCUGUUUUGGCCUAAAUCAAUUGAUAUAUUCAUAUGAGUGUCCAAAUUAUUGGUUAUUUUUUCAAGAAAGUUGUUAUCUAUUUGCUCCAGCACCUAUGACUAACUGGACAUCAGCAGAUGAAAUUUGUAGAAACAUGGGUUCAACUUUAUUAAGUGUUGGAAAUAAAAACGAACAUUUAUUUAUAACAAAUUAUCUAUAUUAUCAUGAUCCUGCUUUAAAAACUUGGUUCACUAGUGGUGUCAAAAAUAAACAACAAAAUAGGUGGUAUUGGCGUGGUGAAGAGAUACCACUGACAUAUGAUUCUGGUUGGAACUCGGAAAUGAUGGAAGUUUAUAGAAAAGAAGAAAUUGAUAGUCAAAAAUUACACAAUAUGUUUUCUAACAACAAUCUACCACAAGGGAAUGAGCUAAAGUUAAGAGAGGCUUAUCAUACUAUAAACAAAAGAUAUAUCUCAGACUUGCAUAACUUUUCAGGACCUUUCAACAAUGAUAAAGUUUGGAAUGAACCAAGCCUCGAUAGAAAUAAUUACAUGUCAGCUUGGGAUCAAGAGUCAUCCCAAUAUCUGGUCUAUCAAUACAGUUAUCGGGACGGGGCUUGGAAGUGGAAUUCAACGUCAUUACGGCUCCAAGAUAAUAAUAAUAGGUUGGGAGCUUUUAUAUGCGAAAAAUCUCUCAACAAUAAAUUCCACCGGGGCGAUGAUAAAUUUACAUCGUCUUCUUAUGAGCAUACGCCAUCUUUACCUUCACAUGAACAACCUUUUUCCGAUUUGUACAGCUCUUCCGAAAAUUUCGGCCUCAUUUCCUCCUUAUCCAGUCCUCGCGCAUCUUUACAAGAAGGUUUCGAUUCCAGCAUUGCUCCCAGUGGUGUUAGCUUCAUCCUUCAACCCAAGGAUACAACUUGGGACACCAAAUCCAUCGAAAAACGAAUUCAAUUAUCAUGCAAAGCGAUAGGAUACCCGUAUCCCUCUUACACCUGGUUCAAAAAUCAAGUUCCAAUUAUAUCAACGGCUGUCUUCAAUCAUAGCUUCGGGUAUGGAGCUAUCGAUUUGGCGAUCAAGAACGUUAAUAAUUUUGACGAAGUGGGCUAUGAUAGGUUAUCGAUUACCAACGGUAUACUAGAUAUAUUUGAUCCAGAAUCCGAUAUAGAUCAAGGCGAGUACUAUUGUUCCGCUUCCAAUAUAUUCGGGACGGCUCUCAGCUCUAAGGCCAGACUCUCCUUUGGAUUUAUAAAAGAUUUCAAGCCCGACGCGUUACCUAUAAAGGCCUACAUAAGAACUAACACUAUGAUACCGUGCCAAGCCCCAGAUGCCUACCCAGAUGUGCGUUUUUAUUGGUUCAAGGAUUACCUACCAAAUUUUGUUCCUUCCGACGCUCGCAUUUUCCAUUCAUGGAAAGGAAAUCUAUACUUUUCAACUUUGGAUUUAUCAGAUGAUGGCAAUUAUAUAUGUAUGAUUAAAUCCAGUGUGGCUCAGACUGGUGCCAACACACUUGGGAAAACUAGCAAAGAAAUAAAGCUUAGCGUAUCCAAUACUUUUGUAAAUAGUCGCAGAAAGCCUAUAAUCGAAGUUGGAUUCCCUUCCAUAUUUCCCAGCAAUCCUCUUAUGGGCCAAGAGGUCCGCAUUGAAUGCGUCGCAUAUGGAGACCCCAUACCUCAAUACAAUUGGACUAAGGCCGAUAGCCAGCUACCCGCUAAAGCAAGAAUGGAAGAUUUUAAUAGGGUUCUUAUAAUUCCUGAUGCUAGACCGACGGAUGAUGGGAAUUACCGAUGUAAAGCUUCUAAUGUGAUAGGGGAAACGGAGCAGGGCCUCUCUUUGAGCGUUUCAGCUGCCCCGGUUUUCACCUUACCCCUAAAGGAUAAAUUUGUCACGCCCGGCUCUAAAAUCGAGCUGAUCUGUGAAGCCUAUGGUAAACCCGAAGUUAAAUACAGAUGGUUCAAAGAUGGCAAAUUGUUCGAUAAAAAAAGUUUACAGCGAAAUGGACAACUAUUAGAUGAUUCUUAUAAUAUGUUUGGGAAAGAAGAAAGUACAAACAAGCCUAGGAUACAGUUGUUGUUGGACCCUAAUGAGAAAGACAAAAUUUUUAGACAAGGCUUGUUCUACGAACCGCAAAUAAAAAUAGUGGUCAUCAGAGAUGUAACGGAUAAAGAUAACGGGAUUUACCAAUGCGAAGCCUCUAACGGCCACGGCACCCGCUAUUCUUCGGCUCAAGUCAAAGUUAUCGCAUUCAAACCAGUUUUCACUGUCUCUAAAUCUCACGCUCCCACCCAUACAUAUAAUAAUCUCGAUAUCUCACCACCUCUAACUUUCGAUUCCGCUCACAUCCAUAAUACUGACUCCCUCAACAAAAACACCAUAAGCGAUUUAAUGGGCCUCUAUUAUCUUCUCAGCCCCACCAAAGUCUUAACGGAGGGGGGUAAUCUGACACUGAUUUGCAGCCCCAAGGCAUCCCCCAGUCCUAAAUUCAAGUGGUUUUUCGCCCCUCUCAUCCUGUCAUCCAAUGCACGAUAUUCUCAUUACAAUCAUGAUUGGGAUAGAAACAGAAACAGGCAUUCAGAUCAUGAUUACGAUAAGAAUUACUACCGAUAUUUUUCAGCCUCUCAGCAUCAAAAUCCUGCUUCGAGUACCAUUCCGUUAUAUAUAGAUGCAAAAAGAGUCAAAGUUGGUGAUAAAAACAUGAUGAUGACCGGAAAUAGAAAAGGCAACAAUCUCGAUAACAAAAUCAACGACAAUUUAGGGGGCGAUUUAAACAUAGAAAGUUUAAGAUUCAGUGAUACCGGUAUAUACACUUGCGUGGCCGAAAAUUACUUAGGAAGUGUCACUGUUACAACUCAAGUUAUUGUCGCAAGAAGUACCACUAUAAUCAAACACCCAUCCUCUGUAUCUUCAACUAUACCUGGCGUUAACCUAACACUAGAAUGUGCGGCGUUGGCUGAGCCGGGAAUAGAGCUAGCGUUUGAAUGGACCCAUAAUGGGGUGCUCAUAGACACGAAUAGCAAAUAUUAUGGGCUACUUUUUGAAUUAAUAACUCCAAUCAAGGAUAGUAGCCGACUAGUCAUCCGAAAUAGUAACCUAAUACAUUCAGGAGAAUAUCUUUGUAUAGCAAGAACUUCUAUCGACAGCGUGCCUAGUAGAAUUGCUAAAGUUACCAUUGCCGGUAUUCCUUCUGCGCCUAGUAUGAUAACCGCCUCCGACAUAUCAACCACCACGGCCAAAUUAACGUGGACCAAUGGAGGAGACAAUGGGCAACCUAUAGUACGAUAUGUUAUACAGGGAAAAACCGAUUAUAGGGAUUGGUUUGUGUUGGCAGAAGUUCUAGCUACCGGCGUUAAAAAUCUCUCCCCGUCUUUGAGCUCUUCAUCACCUCAAUAUUAUUCUUCCUAUUCCCACUCCCUACAAAAUCUCCUGCCUCGCAACACCUACACUUUUAGGAUAGCAUCUACUAAUGCUUUAGGACAAGGAAAAUUUAGUUCAGAAUCUGCCCGUUAUGUUACGGCUUCAGACGCCCCCAGGGUAGCCCCUAGGCAAUUGAGAGGCGGAGGAGGAAAUAUGGGUGACCUUGUUAUGAGAUGGGAGCCUUUAUUAGGUGAUGAACAUGGAGGGCCCGGCCUGCAUUACGAAUUAUUUUGGAUUAAAAAAGAGGAUUGGCUGAGAUCGAAUCAAAAGGGAAAAUUUGAGGUGGCACUCUUGCACGACCCUAACAAAAACUUGUACGUAACUCGGGUAGGAAAAGAAAACUAUUUUAUGGAAUACAUGGUCAAGAUAAGAGCCAUUAAUAGCAUGGGAAAAGGGCCAGAGAGCGAACUUGUCACUGUCAUGUCUGCAGAAGAUGUACCUACCAAAGAACCCACCCUGGUUCAAGCCUUCCCUCACAAUUCUACGGCCAUAAAUGUUCGGUGGAAAGGGUUGGGUAUAACUAGAGAUCGCGAAAUCAUAAGAGGACAAUUGCUCGGUUACAAAAUUCAGUACGGACUCAUGGAAGAAAAUAUCAACAAAAUCGAGGACAAAAUUUUGCCUCCACCCAUAUCGAGUAACCCUGAAAAUGGUCUCGACGAAAGUCGCCUAAAUAAGGAUAACGAGUUCGUUGCCAAUGAUAGAAGGACGACCAUUUUAUACGGUGCCAUCGAUGUGGGGACAGUCAUAGGGAUCGUGCCUAAUUGUAGGUAUUGGGUUAAGGUCAUGGCUUUUAAUAGUGCCGGAAAUGGACCCUUAUCAGAUCCUGUUUACAUGAAUACUUUUAGAGAUGCUCCUUUAAUGCAACCGACCGAUAUAAGUAUCAGUGGACCCAAUUCGGACGGCGCUAUUAGGAUUACUUGGAGCGGAAUUUACACGUCAAAUAACGAAGAACCUCUCGAAGGAUACAAAAUUAGGAUAUGGGAAGGUAGGGAGGAUAUAAGCGAUUACGUUGAUAUACCAGUAGGACUCAUAAAUUUUCACGAUAUAUACUCCUUUCCUAAACACAAAGUCUUCAAAAUACGAAUACUUGGAUAUAGUAGAGGCGGCGACGGUAAAAUGAGUCAGGCGUUUGAAGUUUGUUUGCAAUGCAACGAGAUAGAAAAACAAGAUCACAUUGAAAGAUUGAGCCAAGAAUAUAUGGCAAAAUUUGACGAUGACUCUUACAAAACGUAUCCAUCUUCCCACGGGAUCUCGAACAUUCCAAAUUUUCUAAAUUACAAAUUUUUAGUCACCUUAUUAUGUACAAUCUAUGCAUUUUCUUUGUUGAAAAUUGUUUGAUUUCAUAUUAUUUUAAUGUAUUAUAAGUAAUUGUACAUUAUAUCAAGAAAAAUUGCUUUCGAUUCGUUAUCCGUUCCCCGUUAUAAAAAUUUUUCAUUUUUUUCUAAUAAGUAGUUAUAUAACCUUUUUUUUAUUUUAUACGUGAAACCAAAAAAAGUACUCAUUAACAUCUCAUCUCAACUUAUUACAAUCAUCUUAAAAUAUUUUGCCUUUUAUAAUCAUUUUUAGGGCAUUGAUUUAAUAUACGCAUUGAAAUUAGGAUUUUGUUUUAAAAUAAAUAUUUUUUUAUCAAUUUUUAUUCUCAUUUAUUCAUGUUUGAUUUUUUUUAGAGAUAUGAAUGAGUAAAUCUUUAUAUUCCUCUCUUCAUCAGCCUUCGAAUUAUACAUCGCCAUUUCUAACUCGAACACAUUCCGUCAUAUUAAUUUUUAUAAUAUAAUUAAUAUUCAUACCCUUAAAAUUUUGCUAUAAUUGUUAAAUUUAACGGCAAUAUUUUGUUAUUUCUUAAACCUCCUCAUCAAUCAUUGAAAAUUUUAUUUAAUAAUAUUUUGAUUUAUUUUAAAAAAAUAAAUAUUUAGAUGGGGUAGGUUUUAGGUUAGGAAUUUAAACUUAAAAAUAUUACCCUCAGGAAAUGUUAAUCACAUUUUUUAGACCUUUAAUUCAAUUUAACAAUUCCUUAUUUUAAA